AUGACAAUGAAUGGAUCAAACAAAAUUGUAAGAACAAAACUAUUCAUUGGAAAUCUUGAUCCGUCAACACAGCCUACUGAAUUAUCUGAUCUAUUUGGAUCAUUUGGUACUGUAUUGGAAGCGUCGGUAAUUAAAGAUUAUGGUUUUGUGCAUUUUGGUGCAGUUGAAGAAGCUGAAAAAGCAGUGGUUGCUUUAAAUAAUAAAGAAUUUCAUGGCAAACGAUUACGUGUUGAACUUUCAACAAGUACAGUGCGGCAUCGACCUGGCCAACCCGAACCUGCCAGUGCUUUAAGAAAUUCUCGUGCUCGUUCUGCAGCCAUGGCGAGUGGAAAUGGUGUAUCACGGUAUAGUCCAGCAGCACCUAACAGUGGUGUUGGUCCUAUGCGUCAUACGGCAUCAGCAUGGGUUCGUAGUGAUGCUCGUCCGUACGAUGGAAUUUCCAUGGAUCCAAAUGCUUUGGCUGCUGGUUAUGGUCCACCUGUUUAUGAUCGAUCUCGUCCGUAUGAUGCUCGAUCAGAUCCACGAAAUUAUUAUAAUGAUCGACGUGAUAAUGGUUAUGCAUCUGGAUAUGAAGCACAACGUGAUAGUUUAUAUGGUCAGCCAGCUUAUGCGGGUAUGAGUGCAAGUGGCGGUGGACAACCUGGCAUGUAUCCAAUGCGUGAUUACCGUGAAGUGCCAACGCAUACUCGAGCAGAUAGUAUGGGCUAUGGCACCAGUCGAAUCUAUGAUCGUAAUCAAGGUACACCACCUGUCGAUCCUUACUAUAGUGGAGCAUUACCUCAAGGAACACAAGCAGCUGUUGAUCCUUAUCAUGGCUAUGAUCCUUAUCAAAAAUAUUAUAGUAGUAGACCUCGUGAUCCAGAAUAUCCAGUUUCAACUGGUCCAAAUUCAGCAUCACGUGAUUAUGAUGUUUAUGCCAAUUAUCGUAAUGAUCCAUAUUUAACAGCAAGUGGUCAACCACCACCGCCACUUCGACAUGAUUUAGCUGUAACUUAUCAACAACAACAACAACCAGGUUAUCCACCACCAAAUCCGCAAAGACAACAGCAAGCAUAUGGAGCUGCAUCUGGUACACCGACAACAUCAUAUCCACCAUCUGUUGCUCAAUAUUAUGGUACACAACAACGAACAUAA